AUGGCCAUUGCAAAGCAAAGCAUCUUGAGAUUUGGCUUCAAAUGUUUCUUGCUAGCAACUUUUGUGCUAACCUGUGAUGGACAAGGUGGAAAAAGAGAGAAUGGUGGUCCUGCCUGUUACGGAGGAUUUGAUUUGUAUUUCAUUCUAGACAAAUCAGGAAGUGUCCUGCACCAUUGGAAUGAAAUAUAUCAUUUUGUGGAGCAUCUGGCCCGCAAGUUCAUAAGCCCUCAGCUGAGGAUGUCCUUCAUCGUUUUUUCAACUAGAGGGACAAUUCUAAUGAGGUUAACAGAAGACAGGGAACAGAUCCGCCAGGGUCUGGAAGAGCUGCAGAAAGUCCUUCCAGGAGGUGACACAUACAUGCAUGAAGGAUUCGAAAGGGCAAGUGAACAGAUUUACUACGAAAAUGUUCACGGUUACAGAACUGCAAGUGUCAUCAUUGCGUUGACAGAUGGAGAACUCCACGAAGACCUGUUUUUCUACUCUGAGAGGGAGGCUAAUCGGUCGCGUGACCUGGGAGCAACAGUGUAUUGCGUUGGUGUGAAAGACUUCAAUGAGACCCAGCUGGCUAGAAUUGCCGACAGCAAAGAUCAUGUCUUUCCAGUGAACGAUGGUUUUGAAGCCCUUCAGGGGAUUAUAGACUCUAUUUUGAAGAAAUCCUGUAUAGAAAUUCUGGCAGCAGAGCCUUCCAGUAUAUGUGCAGGGGAGUCGUUUCAGGUUGUGGUGAGGGGAAAUGGAUUCCGACAUGCCCGAAACGUUGACAGAGUGCUCUGCAGUUUCAGGAUCAAUGACACGGUUACUCUCAGUCGUGCAGGAUCCAGCAAAGCUCUGGGCAUAGAGGAGAGCUCUGUCCUGGGCACUUUAAAACGGAAUAGAGAGAUGAGAGAUUGCAGAGUACCAGAAAAUGAGGAGAAGACAGUAGGAGUAGGACUUUGCCAGGUGAAAACAUACGCCAAGGUGAGCUCGGUGUCCUAUCUCAAAGGUGGUCCAAGCCAUUGCUUAAAAAAGAAUAAGAAAACACAAGAAAUGGUCACGCUUCCCUCAAAUGCUCUCCUAGCCUCCAAAAAAGGAGGAGCUGUUGUGGCGCUGGCCCAGGACUUGUGCCUGGGAGUGACCCCGUUGUACCGCAGCACGUGCUGCUCUCCGGAGCUGCCAGUUGUGAGCAUCAGCAAAUCAACAGCACGGUGCUUCGCCAAGCUCUGUUUGCAGUCGUGA